AUGGCCGCUGGAGACGUGACGCGGCGAGCAUCUAUCACGGCACCCUCUAUGCAUCGCCGUCCUUCGGCCAGGAGAGGUUCACUGAUCAAGAGUUCUCAACCAUCGUCUUCUCAGGAGGUGCCAUGGGACAUAAUAGACCGGUGCGCUCUACCGGUAGUGCUUUGCCACGCUUUAGCCGUUGUUCUGUCAGCGCUGUUAAACGCUUUACAUCUCAGCCAAAUAUCAGUCUUCACUUUGUUCCUCUGGUUUGCCAUCUCAGUUACCGGUUCUCUUUGGUUCUACCAUAAUCUUCAGGUAACAGCUGCAGGGAAAGCGGUUUUGGUGACAGGAUGUGACAAUGUGUUGGGAAAUGCUCUGGCUAGAAGAUUGGACGACUUGGGCUAUCAUGUGUUCGCGGGUUUUCAAAACAAGGCAGGCAACAUUGACGCUGACAUGCUCAAAGAAGACUGCUCCGGAAGGUUGCACACCUUGCAACUUGACAUAACAUCAGAAACACAGUUUCCGGUAAUCCAAGUCUACGUCGUUAAGAUUCUUUCAGCGUCUCUGUACAUAGUUGAUCACCUGCCAGAGGGCGCUCAAGGUCUUUGGGCAAUCGUGAACUGCGAAUCCUGGUGUGCUUUGGGUGAACUAGAAUGGGUGCCGUUUUCCGUAAUACGACGCGCCAUGGAAGUUAAUUUGUUAGGACCGGCUCGUUUAGUUCAAGUGAUGCUGCCUUUAGUGCGCCGUGCUCGUGGACGUGUUGUUCUGGCAUCAUCGAUCCUAACUCACGUUGCUGCUCCAGUAAGAGGUGUUCAUGCAGCUUCAUUGGCCGCCUUGGACGCGCUUGCUGCCUGUCUGCGGCGAGAACUCAAACCUAGGGGUGUUGAUGUUGUCGUUGUCGCUGCGGGUGAAUACACUACAGGUAGCGCUUGGCUCUCCGAGGAGAAACUUCUAGAGCAAGCUAGGGAUAUGUGGAAAAGACUCAGUGACGAACAAAAGGGCGCCUACGGAGAGGAUUACUUCGAACAAGCGCUGAGGAGCCUUGAGAAAUACACAAAAAGCCCUGACGCUGACCUAACGGCUGUGACGCGGGCGCUUAGUGAUGGCGUCACCCGCACCUUCCCUCUGGCUCGCUACACCCCGGUCUCCCCGCGAGAGAAACUAAAGUCUCUCCUCGCUGAGCACAUGCCACGAUCUCUUUACGAAGGACUCUACGCCGACUAG